AGUUCGAAAGAGAGAGAGGUAAAGAGCGAGAGAGGUAGAGUGAGAGAGGGAGGACCUAUAACUGGGCUGUCUUGUCCGACUGUGUGAAGCAGAGCAGAGUGGACUAAACCGGUACUAGUCCAGCAAUAGAGCAGAACAGGACCAGCACUAGAACAGUACUAGAGCAGCAGAGACGACUUGAGCUAGUUGAAGAGUCAUAAUGUGUUCCCACUCUGGGUCGAGGAGAUUCCUCUCAGUGCUGCUGCUGCUGUCUGGGGCUGCGGUGGUGCUGCAGGCAGAGAGGAGCUGCCCGGCCGUGUGCUCCUGCCCGCCGACACCCCCCGCCUGCCCCCCAUUGGUCAGCUGGGUUGCGGACGCAUGCGGCUGCUGCAAGGUGUGCGCCGCGCAGUUCAACCAGGAGUGCGACGACGACUGGCCCUGCGACCACAUCAAGGGCCUGCACUGCCACCUGGGGGCCCCAGGGGCCCGCGCCCUCAGGGGCCUCUGUAGAGCGGACCCCCAGGGACUCCCCUGUGAGUACAACGGGCGUAUCUACCAGCACGGCGAGGACUUUCGGCCCAGCUGCACCAACCAGUGCAGCUGCAUGAGUGGCAUGGUGUGGUGCGUGCCCUUCUGCCCCCAACUCGGCGCCGUCCCCAACUGCGCCCGCCCCCGCCUCGCCACGUCCCCUGAGGGCUGCUGCCAGGAGUGGGUGUGUGACGAUGACAACAGCAUCCCCGACGAGCAGGCGGGACCAGCGGCACACAGCGACCCCCCAAUACUCCCUCACUUUCCCCCCAAUCACAUCAGCACCUGGUUCCUCCCUCCUCCGCCUCGGAACCACCAUCAAGCCGGUGCACAGCUCAGCUUUAAAGAGGUGCUGACUACCCCAAGGGAAGAAGUGCUGCCGGGGGCAGCAGUGGACCCCACCUGCUUCCCUGUGACCACCAACUGGACUGAGUGCUCCUCCACCUGUGGGAUGGGCGUUUCUAGCCGGGAGACCAAUGACAACCUUGUUUGCCGCCUUGUCCGCGAGACCAGGCUGUGUGAGAUCAGAAGCUGCGACGCUCAACCUCCCCCUGCCGGCAAGCGGGGGAGGAAGUGCCAGCGGACGGUGCGACCUCCGGACGCCGUCAGCCUGACCUUCGCCGGCUGCAGCACGGAGCAGCGCUACCGACCGCGCUACUGCGGCGCGUGCUCCGCCGGCCGCUGCUGCACGCCCUCCCUGUCGCACACCGUCCGCAUGCGCUUCCGCUGCCCCGACGGGGAGACCCUCUCUCGGGACGUCAUGUGGAUCCAGCGCUGCCGCUGCCAGAGGAAGAGCUGCUCCGCCGGACCCGAGCCCUGGGGGCACCCGGUCAGCCUCCACAACGACAUCCACACCUUCCAGGUGUAAAGGCCGGCCCCGACCGCCCGGCCGGAUGGUUGGAUGGAUGGAUGACCCCGCCCUUCCUAUCUAACCAUGGAGCGAUGUCGUGCCCCACCUCUGUCCCCAAUCCCCCCCCCCCCCCCCCUUACCAGGGAGUCUGAGACCCUCCCUCAGCAGCUAAAGACAACUCACUGUACAUUUCCAAAUUGACAAUUCAUUGUUUCUCUGAUGACCCAGGCUGCUGCCCAUCAAUGCAGAAAGCAUUCCAGCAACCCUCACCCCUCCCUUUCGCCCCUAACUCCUCCCUUCCCUCACCCCUCUAAUCACCCCUCACUCCUCCCAUCACCCCUCACUCCUCCCUCCCCUCAGCCCUCCCUUCCCCCAAAACGCUAGCACACUGGCUUGCACUUUGAGCUCCCUACUGCGUCGACAUCAGUGUGCUGCAACGAUGACGACACCACGUUUCGGCGACACCACCGAGUCUCGAUGACGGCAGCGUGCCCGCAGGAUGUCAGUGUGCUAUGAUGACCUCGCUGUGCUGCGAUGACGCCAGCGCACCACAGUGGCAUCCAUGGGUUGCAACGAUGACAUCAGCGUGCUACAAUGAUGACAUCAAGAAUCUGAAAUGGUUACACGCUGAUCCGGCAGAAAAGCUUCCACUGAAGUUUAUUUAUUGAUGUUUUUGUUUUUUGUUACAUUUCUUUUGGUUGUUUUUUUGGUGGUUGCUUCUGUAGAGAAGAGAAGGGAUGUGAAUUCAUAACCAACACGUGACGAUUCGUCACCAAAGCAUGUCUGUAAAGAUCGUUCUGUUUUUUUACGUCCAUAAAUGUUGAGGAAUACGUCGAUAAGAUGUAUCAGAACAACUGAAGCAACCACACAUUCAUCGUGGUGGUGAUUGUAUUUGAACUGUUUAUGUAUCUGCAUUUUGUGUCUGGGUCUGCAUUUCUUGAUGUGCAAUGCGUGCGUGUGUGUUACUGAUGAAGAGAUCAUAGAUGACAUGAGACUGUGUUAUGAUCGUAGUAUUAGAGUACGUAUUAUGAUAGAGGUUUGGACGUCAAGUUCUGAAGCAAUCAUGGACAUUACCCCAUUUUUCGGGGUGACCUAAGUUUGAAUGGCUUUCGAAGUGUAGUUAAUUUACUUCCUGCAUAUAACACUUUCUAAAGGGAACAAUUUUGUCUUAAUUUUGAAUAACUAAUAUUUUAAAUAAAAUAAUAAUGUUUUUUCUUCUGUGAAUUGUGUAUGUCCGAGAUGAGGCUCUUGAGCUGAGCUAGUAGCUAUGUCUUGUUACUUUAUGGCCUCUUGUCUCUUUUAAUGAACCUCUUUCUGGAGGAUUUUCAAAGACGUGACUGAAAUAUCUGUAUUCAAUUAAUCUUCAUUAAAUGAAUACGCACUUACA